AUGGCUUCCAACCAAGAUUUACCCGCCCUCUCCCGCGAUGACUAUACUAUUGGGUGGAUAUCCGCACUUGCUAUUGAAUCCGCUGCUGCGGUGAUCAUGCUAGAUGAGGAACAUGACGGCCUUAGCGUCGCUGAAGGGGACAGCAAUUCAUACUCUCUGGGGCGAAUUGGGGAACAUAAUGUCGUUAUUGCAUGUACAAAUGAAGUUGGCGGGCUUCCUGCAAACAUUACCGCCACAAACCUUAUGAACAGCUUUCGCAAUGUGCGAUAUAUUCUUACCGUGGGAGUCGGUGGUGGUAUCCCGAAUACCAGAUAUCAAGUCCGGCUGGGAGAUGUUGUAGUCAGCGAGCCAACGGGCAAUUCCCCAGGGGUUGUCCAGAGCGACUUCGAGAAGUGGGACGAGGAGGGUGGGUCUGAAAUAAAGGGCUCUUUAAAUCGGCCAGCUGUGGGACUAAUCCGAGCAAUCGGGGCUGUAAAAGUGGAUGAGCUUCUCGGCAGGAGCAAGAUACAUUCAUUUGUGAAACACCUGGGAGGAGAAAGCAGCGGUCAUGACGAGAUUUGGAAGUAUCAAGGCCGGGAAAACGACCCUCUCUACAGGCAAGAUUCGAUCUUACGGCAUGAUCCGGUUUGCACAGAAUGUAGAGAACAACAAAGACCAGAAACACCGGAUCCGAGAAUACAUUACGGCAUCAUCGCUUCUGGAAAUCAGGUCAUAAACAAUAGAGAACAACGGGACAAACUUGGUGAUCAGCUGGGAGCGUGCUGCGUAGAGAUGGAAGCUUUUGGAUUGAUGAACGACUUCCCAUGUUUGGUUAUUCGAGGGAUCUCAUCCUACGCGGAUGGGUGCAAGGAUGACAAUUGGCAGGGCUACGCAUCCAUCACAGCAGCCGCAUAUGCGAAGGAACUUUUGCUUCGGCUUCCCUCUUUCGAUAAAGACUAG